AAUUGUAAAGCUCACACCGGACGCCCGCUGGAGGAGGAUAUAUAACUUUUUGUGGGUAGACACGAAGGCAGAUUGAUCUUACGGAGAGCCGAGGAAUCCUCCUCGCUGAGCCGGGAGGAGUGCGCGCGGCGCCGGGGAGCAGAUUGACCCAAAGGACGGCACCUCUACGACCAGGUUAUGACGGAACUGAGCUGAACAUGGAGCUUUUCUGGAUUUUGUUAUUUUCUAGUGUCUAUCCUCUUGCCUCGGGCCAAGGAGUUUACGCUCCAGCCAACGCCCAGAUCGUGCACUCAGGCGCAGCGUGUAACGUCAAGGAUGAUAACAUCAGUGAGAGAAUCUACACCAUCAAAGAAGGAGACACACUAGUGCUUCAGUGUAUUGUUAAAGGACACCCACGACCACAGGUACGGUGGACAAAGACGGCUGGCAGUGCAUCAGACAAGUUCCAGGAAACAUCCAUCUACAACGAGACGCUUCGCAUCGAGGGCAUCCACAGGGUGCAGGGGGGUCGCUACUACUGCAAGGCCGACAACGGGGUGGGGGUGGCUGCCAUCAAGUCCAUCCGUGUAGAUGUGCAGUACCUAGACAUACCUGUUCUGACGGUGCACCAGACCAUCAGCGAUGUGCGUGGCAGUUACUACCAGGAGAAGACGGUGUUCCUGCGCUGCACCGUCAACUCCAACCCUCCCGCACGAUUUAUCUGGAAACGUGGGAGCAUGCUCAUUGAACAGAGCAAGGACAACGGAGUGGACAUCUACGAGCCGCUUUACACUCAGGGUGAGACCAAGGUGCUGAAGCUGAAAAACCUCAGACCCAAAGACUUUGCCGAUUAUGCGUGCCAGGUGUCCGUCCGCAACGUGUGUAGCAUCGAAGACAAGUCGGUCACCUUCAAGCUCACAAAUGCCACAUCUCCCCCAAUGAUCCGGCUGUCAGUGAACGACACGGUGGUGGUGGAUCCCGGGCAGGAUGUGCUCUUAACUUGUGAGGUGAUAGCAGGUUUCCCCCUCCCCACUGUGGUGUGGUCUCGUUACCCCAGCCUCCUCCCCCUCAGCGCCCAGGUGCGAGGGCCAACACUUUUUCUGCGUGCGGUCACCCCGGCUGACGGAGGUUUCUACAACUGCACGGCUGUCAACAAUGUGGGCAACCCCGCACGCAAGAACGUCAAUCUCGUUGUCAGGACAAUGAGCAACCUGACCUUCCAGAUUACACCAGACUCAAACAAGGACAGCGAGAGCAUCCAGAUGGGUCGGGACCUCAAGCUGUCGUGCCACGUUGAUGCCACCCCACAGGACAAGGUCAACUACACCUGGUACAAGAACGGUGCACCGGUCUUCAACUCGGAUAGCCUGAUCUUGCUGCGCAGUGACCCAGACAUGGCACCCGGCACCAGUAGCUUGGAGAUUGUGGACAUGAAGUUCAGAGACUUGGCUACCUACAGCUGUGUGGCGAACUUCCUAGGGAGCAGGGGUCUGGAGCUCCGUGUGGAUGUCAAUAUCUCUCAGAACAGUGUCUCUCCUCCAGUGCUGUCGGUUCCACCAGGGGGUCAGGUAGUCAGUGUGCGAGAGGGAGGUAACGUUGAGCUGGUGUGCUUGGUGGUAGAUGGCAAACCACGUCCACCUAUACUCUGGUCACGGGCAGAAAAGGACCUGCUAAUGCCAUCGGGGAGGACAACAAUGGAGACCCCUGAUGGCCGCUUAAGGCUGAAGAACGUCAGUCGGGACAUGAUGGGGGCGUACCGGUGCCAGACUGCUCCAUACAACGGGCUUAACAUCAAACGAAGGGAGGCACAGGUCCAACUCAAUGUGCAGUAUCCUCCCAUACUGGAUCCAGUCUUCCAAGAUGCGCGUUCGAGGAACUAUCAGAUGGUGACCCUGAGGUGUACCGUCAUGCGGUCAAACCCGCCACGCCUCACAGACAUCCGCUGGUUCCGUAACGGCGACUCCAUCCGCAUGCCCAUGCCAGACCUGAAGGAGACGCCGGAGCUGAAGUUUAAGCUGGAACCCACCAACAACGGCUCUUAUGAGUGCAGAGUCAGCAAUAGUGCAGGGACAUCAACAUGCACAUUUAAUGUCUCUGCACAACCUUACAAUGCUGAGUUCUACUUUGACACACCCAAUCCAGUGCGAAUCCUAAAAGGAAACAACUACUCCUACAACCUGCAGUGGACACAGAGAGAUCCAGAGGCUACGGAUCGUAUCAUAGGCUACUGGGUUAAUGUCCGAAAGAACAAGCAGAAUGUGCUGUCAAAGCAGAUAGACCUCAAGGGCAAGGAGCCAGAGAAGGGUGUGCUGAUAUCCCACGCCAUAUCAGACCUGAAAAUCCCUCUGUCCUACGAGGUCCGACUGGCCCCUAUCACCACCUACAGCACUGGGGACUACGUCAGUCGCAUCAUACAGUACUCAGAACCCUACACAUAUCCAAGGCCUUCAGACCAUGUGUGUGGUUUUGAGGAUGACAGGAUUUGUGGUUUCUCACAAGACCGGAGUGAUAUCUUUGAUUGGACGAGACAGAAUCACCUGACACAGAACCCCAAGCGAUCUGCCAACACUGGCCCCGAGACUGACCGCAGUGGAACCAAGGAAGGGUACUACAUGUACAUUGAAGCGUCACGGCCGCGUCUUCAGGGGGACAAGGCGCGUUUGCUUUCUCCACUUUUCAAUGUGACCUCAGUGAGGGGCCCCAAAGGCUCCGGCAGGGUCCCAUAUUGCGUCUCUUUCUACUACCACAUGAAAGGCAAACAUAUCGGCACUCUCAAUGUUCUCCUUAGAGUGAGAAGCAUUGCCUCUGUGGACUCGGUAGUGUGGAUAAAGUCUGGUCAUCAGGGCCCGGACUGGAGGAAAGCAUUCUUGGACAUCAGCCCCAGUGGACCCUUCCAGAUUGUGUUUGAAGGAAUUCGAGGCACGGGUUUCGAGGGAGAUAUUGCCAUUGACGACGUGUCCAUCACCGUCGGGAAGUGCAAGCAGGGGAACACUGUAGCCAGCGCAGGUAAGACAGUUCUGAUCGGGGGAUCACACUCGCUCCCAUUGGCCAGCUGGCUGACCUUUGGCCUCUCCGGCAUCCUGUCGCUACUCUACAGAUGAUGAGCACUUCCUGCUACACCACCUGUCAGAAGUGACAGACACUGCCCUUACUCGCCCCCUAAUACUUCUCUCUCUACCUUUCUCCCUGUCUGUACCUCUAAUUACCUGUAUCCCUGUCUGUCCUUCUCAACUCAAUGUCUUUCUGUCCUGGCAUCCAUUUCAUCCUUCUUCCUUAGAUAAGUGGUCACACAAAGUCUUAGUCUAGUUUCUUCUCCUCUGCUUUCUUUCAACAUUUUCCCCCAGACACUCAGUAUAACCAACAAACGCGCAUACUGUAUUUAAGGUGAACACACUUAGUGAUCUUUAAGGUUGAACUUCACAACUCUAUUAAUUUGAUUAGAUUCACAUGAUCCAUGUCAGCGUCUCACUUUGUCACCUUUUCCUCUCCUUCAUCAACCUUCAUUUAUACAUGGACCCUCUUAUGUAUCUCCACUCCCUCGAAAUGCGAUCCCCAACGGCCCCACCACCCUAUUCCCCAGACACCAAAGUGUCGGACACUCAACCAAAGAUGACAAAGGACCUGAGGGAAUAAAACGAGGGAACAGGGAUUCCAGGAAGAAAGUAAAAGAGAGAGAAAGAGAGAGAGAAAGUGGGUAAAGUCCUUCUUUUUCACAAAGACCGUCUGCCUUCCGUCCCAACCUUUGGGGCUAUGGGAGAAACUGAAUGACAAAGAGACACACAAAGAAGAACUGUUCAAUGAAUGAAUGAAUAAACAAAUGAAUACUGAGUAAAGGACGAACCAGAAACAGAGGGAAAAGAAGUGUGCUCCUGGUAGCCUCUCUGCUUGCCCUCUGCUUGCCACAAGAGACAAACCUCAGUGCGGACUA